AUUACUCUCAAAUUGAAGGUUCGAGAAAUAUUAACUGAGCAAGAAUGGCAAAGAAGGAAAAUGCAGAUGAGAAUAUCAGAAGAGGAAGGUAGAUUGAAGAAGGACGAAGAAGAACAAAAGGAGAUGUGGAAGAGAAAACGUGAACAUGAGGAGCAGUGGGAAGGAACGAGAGAACGAGGGUUAGCUUCAAGCUGGAGAGAUUUCAUGAAGACAGGGAAAAAGGUGAGACCAUAUACUGAUUUCAGGUUUGCUAUAAUUGCCUUUUCUAUUUAA